AUGUCAAGUCUUGGCGUACAGGUUAUCUAUGCUACUCUCAACGCUCGGACGGACACCGCUUGCGAGCGCGUUUUUGUGCCCGAAUCUAAUUAUAUUCAGAAACUUGUCACCCAGAAGAAGCCUCUUUUCUCAUUUGAGACGCAAACUGCACUGAAUCAGUUUGACAUCAUCGGGUUUUCUGUCUCCUUUGAAUCGGAUUAUGUAAAUAUUCCGCGCACCCUAAAACUCGCAAAUAUUCCACCGCUUGCCGAGGAACGUACAGAAUGGGAUCCGCUGGUUAUUGCAGGUGGUAUCAAUAUCUCCUACAAUCCAGAACCGAUUGCUGAUUUCGUUGAUGUUUUCGUUGUUGGAGAAGCCGAACUUGUUGUCCAUCAACUCAUGGCGCACUUUAACGAGUGGAAACAAUCUGGGGCACCAAAGAGAGAGUUACUCGAAACACUCGCGACUGUCCCAGGGCUUUAUGUGCCGAGUUUUUACGACGUAACCUAUCAGGAUGAUGGGACUAUUGGUGCGGUCACGCCAAAACCGGGGAUAUCCCGCCAAAUUCAAGCGGCGGCUGUUCCUAACCUUGAUGAUGUCGAAACCUGCACACAUAUCCAUACACCGAAUACCGAAUUCGCAAAUGCGCAUCUCAUAGAAAUCGUGCGUGGGUGUGGGAGGCAGUGUCGUUUCUGUGUUGCUGAUUAUGCCCGCCGAUGGCCGAGGCGACGUUCUGUGGAAAACACGCUCGCACUCGCGGAACGGGCAAGAGGUAUUACUGACAGGAUUGGACUUGUUGGUGCUUCUAUUUCUGACCAUCCACAAAUUGAUGAAAUUGCCACAGGACUCGUUGAACGUGGGUUCCGCAUUUCUUGCGCCUCACUCCGCGCUGAAACUGUCCGUGCUCCGUUGCUCGAUGCACUUGCAGACAGCGAACAAGGCACUAUUACAAUCGCUCCAGAAGUUGCCUCCGAGAAACUUCAAAAAGUCGUCAAUAAAGCUAUUCCGCGCGAGCAACUUUAUCACGUUUUUGAGGAGGCGUUAAAGCGUGAUAUUCUUAACCUUCGCCUUUACUUCCUUAUCGGUGUCCCGCAUGAAACGCCUGCGGAUGUGGAAGCUAUUGUUGAUAUGGCAAAAGAGAUGCGCACCAUCGUUCUCCCCCAUGCAAAACGGACAGGGAGAAUAGCCCGUAUUAGUUUUACCAUCUCGCCCAUGGUGCCGAAGCCACACACGCCUUUCCAGUGGGUAGCAAUGGAACCCCCGAAAACAAUUUCCCGAAAACUUGAUUUCCUGAAACGCGAAAUUAACCAGCUUGGUAGCAUAAAAGUUGGGUCUGCGAGUGCAAGACUCGCGCACCAAGAGGCCGCCUUCGCACGCGGCGACCGGCGACUCGGAAAAGUUAUCCUUGAACUCGCAAACGGCGUGUCAUGGAACCAAGCCUUCCGCAAUCACGGGUUAAUGCCAGAUUUUUACGCGACGCGCCAACGUCCAUUGCAUGAAGUCAACCCAUGGGAUCAUCUCGAUCUCAACGUCAAACCCCAAUUUCUAAAACUUGAGCACAACAAGUACGAAAAAGGGUUAGAUGACAAAUCCCUUGUUUUAUACCUCUCCUUUGAUGAAGGGAAAGGUGGAGAUGCCGCAGAUGGCUCUGUACAUGGGCAUGAUGGCGAACUUAUCCAAAAUCCCACAUGGGUAGAUGGACAGUUCGGCAAGGCAUUGGAGUUCGACGGAACAAAGGGGCAGCAUGUAAUGGUGCCUAUCAACGACACUUUACAGUUAAGAGAACAGUUCUCUAUGGCUUUCUGGGUUAAACGUGACGAUGCCCAAAUUCGGGAAUGGAAUUACAUGGUGACAGCGGGGUCCUUGAAAUGGGCAUCAAUUUUAAAAAGCGGCGACAAGAAAACCUAUAUCUUUACGACAUCUGGUGCUUGGGGUCAAAGAGCCGUCAGCGAUGACAUUCAACCUGAUGACUGGGUCCAUCUUGCCGUGACCCAUGACACCAAAUCCGGGAUUGUUAUCUACAACGACGGAAAAAAAGCGGGCGGUGGGGCUAAACCGUCUCCUGUUGAUGAGAUUGAUGGCUCCGUUAUGGUUGGUGCUCGUCACCCCGGCGAAGAAUUUUUCACUGGUAUCAUCGACGAAGUAUUUCUCUUUAACAGAAUCAUCCACCGAGGCGGAAGUCGGCGAAAUUAUGAAUGGCGAUUUCCUACCGGUGGAACCCGCAGAGAAACUCGCGACGACAUGGGGCAGUAUUAA